AUGACAACGUCGACAGAAGAUCCUUACAGCGGGUUCAACGAUUACGACCAUGCUUACGACACGGAUGUAAGUAAAAUACGAAGUCUUAAAAAAAAAUCCAUCUUAAAUAAUAAACACUUAGUUUUCAGGCACUGUUUGCGGACAAAGAAUUUGUCCGGGCAGCAGCAAGGUCAAGUCAUUCCAGAAGAUUGGUGAGUUUGGAAAAAAAUUGCGCAAAAUCUGAGCUGUCGGUGGAAAACAUGAACUGAAAUUUUCAAGAAUUUAUACAUGAUCCUUGUAGAGAAUCUGUGCAAAAUUUGAAGAAAAUUGGAGAGUAAAAUUAUGUUACACUUGAGAUACUGUAACAUAAUUUUAGAUGAUUUCAUCUUCAAUCAAAUUUUUUGUGGAAGCCGGAGCACUUUUUAUAAGACCUUUUCAAAGAAUAUUUUAUUUUUUCCUUCAAAAUUUCAGCCGACCGGAGCUCGCCAAGCCAUUGGAAGUCGUCUCGGAACAGGGUCCAAUCAACUGAAUGCAGCUCGUCUUCCAACAGCUUCGGCGUUACGGAGUUCAUUGGCAUCCAGGAGGAUCGGAAAUGAGGUUUCACGGCCAAUGACGGCCGUCCGAGGCGCCGGAUUCACUUCAGCUGGACGCAGUGAGUAAAUGAGUCCAUGCCGAGACUAAACAAAUUUCAGAAUCAACAUUCGAAGGGGUCAAGGCUCCUCAGAAUGGAUUGGAAAGCCAUGAAGACAGGUCGGUUUCAGCUGUUUUAAAAAAAUUCGAUUUUUUCAGUGUCGUCAAGAAGAUCAAGGAGCUGGAAAACAAAUGCAAAGACCUCCUGGUCGAGAGUGUCAUGGCGAGCGACCGGAAUGAGAUGAAAUUGGCGUUGGACAAGGCCAAAGAGGCGAAUCGGGUGGAGCAAAACAUAAAGAAAAUGAAGAGAGACGCCAGAGAGCCCGAAAACAUCGACCUCGCUUUAUCAGCACAACUCACGCUGGCCUGUCAGCAUGUCAACAACAACAUGAUCAGUGAGGCGAUCAACACUUAUGAGGUAAAAUACGAAAGCUUUUAUGAAGUUCAAGUUUUUCUGAACGUAAUUGGCUGAGAAAUAGGCGGAAAGGUGAUUUUGUCUGACUGUGUCUCCUCAUUUUGCAUGCUCUUUCGGAGAAAAAAGAUUGCGCAAAAUCUCAGUUCUCGUUGCAAAUCAAAAAUUUUUGUGAGCUGAUUUACGUCAUGCAUAGAGUGUUUACAUAAAAUUUGAAAAAAAUCUGAAAACCUCAUUUGGGUUACUGUAACAAAAUUUCAGGUGAUUUUAUCGGACGAAAGCUUUGCAAAUGUGAAAAGACUCAAUGUGAAUCUUGGAAAUUUGUAUUUCCGACGGCGAGAUUAUCCAACGGCUCUGAAAUAUUAUCAAAAAGCGUUGGAUCGAGUCCCUCAAACCCAAAGGAGAAUGCAGAGCAAGAUCUUGAAUAAUAUUGGCGUGGCUCAGAUCAAAAGAGGCAAAUAUGAAAGUGGAAGGGACAAUUUUAGCGAGUGCCUCAAGGUGAGUUACUGUGAGGAGUUUUUGAAAAAAUUGUUUUAAUUCAGUGCACCGUGCAUUUUUGUAAAUUGCACUGUGCAAAAAUCAUUUUUCCAGACCGCACUGUGCAGUCAAAAAAAUUGAAAAAUUUGUGCACUGUGCAAAAAUAAGUCGUCUCUAGUCGCAUAGUGCAAUUAGAAAUCAUUUUUCAAUUGAUCGCACUGUGCAAUAAGCAAGAAAUUGAGUAAAAAAUACUAUAAAUAGUUGGUAAUUUAAAAAUGAAAAAUAUUUUUUUUCAGACCGAAGCCGAUUACCAUGCUGCUCUGAAUCUUGUGCUGGCUUGUUAUUGUUUGGACGAUGCUGAAAGUAUGAAAGACGCUUUCCAGAGACUUGUGGACAUUCCAACAAUGGUUGAUGAUUCCACGAAGCCACAGGACAUCGAUAUUCUGGCUCAGGAGGCAAUGAAUAACGACAUGUUGAAAAAGUAGGCAGUGUUUUUGUAGAAAUUUAAUUUUUUUACAAAAGUUGGUAUAUUAAAACUUACCAUAGAAUGGCGGAAUAUACUUCAAAUUUGACUUUUUUUUACUCAAAAUUGACAUAAAUAAAAAAAAAUUUCCUAUCCCCCAAGUGCGACGCUUAGAUUUUCUUUAAAUUUUGCACACACGUCGGGAAUAGACUAAAUAUCAAUUCCUGAAGUUUUAGCUCGCGCUUUGCAGGAGCCGCCGAGAUAUCGGACGAUUUAUGCCGCCGAGAGGGCGCGCUAAACGUGGAGAGCGGUCAGAGAGAAAAACGCUUUUUGGCCAUAACUUUGGCAGUUUCAUGCGAAAAAUUUUGAUUUUUUGUAGAAACAUUACCCUUUACGGUAGAAAUAGGCAUGAAACUUUUCGUGCCGAAAUUCGGCAAAAAGUCCGAAAUUUUGGCCGACUUUCGAUCUAAAUAUCUCUGUUGUUUCUGCAAAGCGCGAGCUAGGAUUCUCGCAUAUAUCUUAGAAAAAUUAUUCUUAAUUUGUGCCAAGUUUCAUCAAAAUCUGAGCGUCGCACUUGGGGUACUUCCCCUGUAAGUUAUGGAAAAAUUUUUCGCAUGCCCGACUCUCCUUAUUUUACGUGGACUCUACUAACAAAAAUAAAAAAAUCGUUUUUAGAUGGGAACGUCAACGCAAACAGCUAGCUGAGAAUACGAUUAUGACCGCUGCAAAAGUUAUUUCGCCCCGAAUUGCCAAGGAUUUUCAUGAGGGAUACGAAUGGUGCCUGGGGGUCAUAAAACAAUCGAUUUAUGCGGGUUUGGCGACCGAAUUGGAGAUGAACAAAGCCGUGGAAAUGCUGAAGCGGGGCGACUUGGAGACCGCGACGGAAGCAUUGUUGGCAUUUAACAACAAGGAGAACAAAGUGGCCAGCGCUUCGGCCAACAAUUUGGCCAUGUUGACCAUGAUGGUGAGUUGACUUGAACAGCGAAUUUCUCGAAAUGUAGCCCUUCGAUUUCGUUCAAAUUUGGAACACAGACUUCAUAUAGAAUGGCUAUCAAUCGUUGAGAAUUUUAGCUCAUAUUUUUUAAAGUCAGUCGAAAUGUUCAACGAUACUUCUUUCGCUAAACGGAAAAUGAUGAUAAUUUCUCCGCGGGUCAUUGCUGAGGCUGCGAUGCAUAGAGUUCGAUAAAACUUUGCACAAUUUGAGACUAAUAUUUUAUAAGUCACAACUUAAAUUUUUAGCACGUGCUUUGCAAAGAUGACCGAUAUUUUUAGACGGAAAGUUGGCAAGAAUUCCGAUUUUUUCGCGAUUUUCAGCUUCAAAGUUUCAGUACCUCUUUGAAGUGAGGAGUCCAAUAGGGUUACAAAAAUUUUUUCCAUCAAAUUGGUCAGAGAUACAGCCAAAUUUUUUACCUUACCGCCAAAAAAUUAAAAAAAUAUUUUUUUGUGUUUCAGCAAGGAAAAGACCAUCUCAAUGAUGCAGCGCAAUUUGCCGAACAAUCGCUAAGUCUAGACCGCUAUAAUUCGAAUGCUUUGGUCAACAGAGGGAACGUUUAUCACCUCCAAGGCAACCACAAAUCGGCUAUUCAGUGCUAUCGGUAGGAAUUAGUUGAAAUCAGUGUCUUUUACUUUGUAUUUUACCGGUUGACCUAGAAAACAACUAUAAAUUUUUCAGUGAAGCCCUUCAAAUCGAGCCAGCUUGCAUUCAAGCCUUAUUUAAUUUGGGAUUGCUCAGCAAGGAGACAAAUGACUUGGAAACUGCAAUUAACAGCUACUACAAGCUCCGGAGUAUCCUACCGAAUAAUGUUCAAGUGCUUAUUCAACUCGCCUCGCUGUAAGUUAUUAAAAAAAUUCAAAGUUUCCUGCUGCCUAUGCAAAAAAUCAAAAUUUUCUUUUUUCGCAAAAUGCGGCCAAAACACAAAGCAAAUCUUCUUUGCACAGUGUAGAUUUUCUCUCCAGAUACGAAGGUUCGGACAAGCAGCAAGCCAUUGACUUCUACUCGGACGCCUCCAGCCUGGCUCCCAAUGAUCCAGCCAUCUUGUACAAGUUGGGGCAGCUUUACGACAGUAUGGGCGAUAAAUCAGCGGCCUUCAACUAUAUGAACGACAGCUAUAGGCUAUUUCCGGCCAACAUAGAGGUCAUUAAAUGGCUUGGCAACUAUUACAUUGACAGUCAAAUACCCGAAAGUGCUAUUCGGUUUUUCGAAAAAGCGGCUAUUAUGGAGUAAGUUGACUGUGGUUUGUUAUUGAUAGUAAAACGCUAAAUUUCCUCAGGCUUGUCGUCAAUAGCUCUCUUAUUAUUUUGUGGUCUUUUUAAUACAAAAUGGCUCUAUCUUUGAAACUUUUUCGAUAAUAUCUUACCCUAAACCACCUAUAACAUCAUUUUUCCAGACCCCACAACGUUGAAUGGUACCUCCUCAUGGCCGGGUGUCAACGCAGAGCCGGCCAACUCCAAAAGUCGUUAGAAGUGUACAAACAAACCCAUCUACAGUUCCCUCAGAAUGUGGAAUGUCUCAAGUUUUUGGUCCAAUUGAGUCGAGACUUGAGGAUGCUCGAAGAGCAAGCCGAGUACGAAAAGAAGUUACGCCGUCUCGAUCAGGGGCUACAACGGCGAUCUCAGCGCGAAACUGACUCCAGUCAAAGCCGCAGAUUGGCUGUGGCAUCACCGAAUACUUUGCCACCACCAAGCAGUAAGCAAAAAUAUGAAAAUUACUAUAUCUCAAAAGCACCAAAAAUUUUUAUAGAAUACCGCAUAAAACCCCUUUCAAGAACAAAUUAAAUCCUUAUUCGACGUUUUCUAGUCUAAAAAUCCAAUUUCAACCUUAUUUUAGGUCAUUACACCCAAAUAUUUUAGGAAAUUCAAGUGUAAUGUCCGCGCCUUCCCGCCAACACAGCGCCAAGGCCUUACUAGAGGUCGAUGGGCCCUAUCGACCGCAAAAACGCGAUAUAACUGAUGCUGACUUGGCCUACGAUGACCCAGUAGCUCCGCAAACGGAGAGGCCGAGGACUGGAUUCAAUUCGAAAAACGCGGAUCCCUUUGAUAUGAGCGAGUUCGGAGCCGACGACCUGCUUCCUGACUAA